AUGUCAAAGUACCAAAAAACAAACCCAACCAAAGGCACAAAAACUACUACCUCCUCAACCUCCCCAAAACUCGAACACUCCGGCCCCGUCCUCUCGGACUCCCUAGCUGCCUCCUCCCUCCGUUCCAACAACGGUACUUUCUCCAAGGGAAAUCCCACGGGUAUAUUAUCCGCCAUGUCCACGAAUACCACUAUAAACCGCGGUGACGACACUAUCGGUGUCAGGAGGGUUCAUGAAAGUGAAGACGGCGGUGGACACGUUGGUGUUGUUCGGGUUGAUGAGGAAGAGAAAUAUGAGACUGAGGGGUCUGGGAAGGGGUUUGUGAAUCCGCAUUAUGGACAGAAUUGGGAUGGGGAGGAUGUGGAUUGGGAUGAAGUCGCUGGGAGGAAGAAGAAGACUGAGAAAAAGGAUGAAUUUGGGGAGGGGGUUAAUGUGGUGGAUAAGCAGCCGGAGAUUGGGAGUGAGGAGGAUCCCGGGAGGUAUGCGGAAAGAGAGUUUGUGAAGAGGAAUGCGAGGGAGGCGGGUGUUCCUGGUGGUGGGACUGGGGAGGGGAGAGGGGGGAAUCCUUAUGAGGUUUUGAAGGAUAAGAGUUUGUAG